GUAUAUUCCAAGAUUCGCCCGACCCGGGAGGCAAAAGUGUUCACAACACUCUUCACUCUCUCUUGAAUCUCCCCCGCACAGCGCCUAAGCAUUGGGCCGUACCGUAGUACACCAGUUGAGCCAGAUAGCUCCCGAGAAUCAAACGAAUAUCUGUAACCCGAAAUUUCUGGGGAGGGUAUUAGAAAUGGCGAACCCUCAGAAGCCAUGGAAGGCGGAGUACGCCAAGUCCUCUCGAUCCUCCUGCAAAACCUGCAAGAACCCCAUUGACAAGGAGACGCUCAGGCUCGGCAAGAUGGUCCAGGCCACCCAAUUCGAUGGCCUCAUGCCCAUGUGGAAUCAUGCUAGCUGCAUCCUACGAAAGGCAAAACAGAUAAAAACCACUGAUGAUGUUGAAGGAUUAGAAUCACUUCGUUGGGAGGAUCAAGAGAAGAUUAGGAAAUAUGUAGAGAGUGAUGAGUCCUCAAGUGCCCCUAGCCUAGUUGCAAUGGAAUAUGGUGUCGAAACCUCUCCAACUUCUCGUGCUACCUGUAAGUGCUGCAAUGCAAAGAUUAUGAAAGGAGAGGUCCGCAUCUCAUCAAAGGCUAAAGGUCAGGCAGCUAGGUCUUUGGCAUGGCACCAUGCGAAAUGUUUCGUGGAUAUGUCUCCUGAUACCCAAGUUGAUAAAUUUCCGGGAUGGGAGAUCCUUCCUGCCAGUGAUCAGACAGCUGUUUGCUCCCUUGUUAAGAAUUCUACUGUAAAAGUUUCCAAAGAUGAACUUUUACAAGAAUCCACACCUACAACGAGUGCUAAAAGAAAGCAAUCCAGCAACAAUGACCAGAAAUCAAAGCUUGCUAAAACUGAACCCGAAGCUUUUGCAAGUGAUGUUGAGAAAAAAACAUCUGAAUGGGAAAGCGAACUAAAGGCACAAACCAAAGCUCUAUGGGAUCUUAAGGAUGAGUUGAAGAAGCACGUGAGUACAGCAGAAUUACGUGAGAUGCUUGAAUGCAAUGACCAUGCCUCCACAGGAUCGGAGCUUGAUUUACGAGACAGAUGUGCUGACGGGAUGCUUUUUGGAGCGCUCACUAGAUGUCCAAUUUGUUCUGGUCACCUUUCUUAUUCAGAAGGCAAGUAUAAGUGCCAUGGCUAUUCAUCAGCAUGGAGCAAGUGCUCGUACUCUACAACUGAACCAAUACGUGUCAAUGGGAAGUGGAAAAUCCCUGAAGGGACCAGUAAUGAGUAUCUACUCAAGUGGUAUAAGUCACAAAAGACAAAGAAGAUAGCUAGAAUAAUGCCGCCAUCUUCAUGCACCUCACCAUCUACCAGCAAAGCUAUGAACAAAAUGGGCGAGUCAAUUGAAGGUGAUAAUUUAGGAGACCUAAAAGUAGCUUUUGCAGGAAUGGGCAGUGACUCUAUGUCGGAGUGGAAGAAAAAAGUUGAGGAAGCAGGUGCUCUAGUUCAUGCCAAGAUAAAGAAAGACACAAGCUGCUUAGUUGUGAGUGGAACGCUGGAGAGCAGUGAUGCUGAGAUAAAGAAGGCAAGGAGGAUGAAACUGCCUAUUGUUCGGGAGGAUUAUUUAGUGGACUGCUUUAAGAGGAAGAAAAAACUUCCUUUUGAUAUGUACAAAGUAGAAGCAAUUGGAGAGACACAUAGUGUGGUUACUGUCAAAGUGAAAGGGAGGAGUGCUGUACAUGAGUCAUCUGGUUUACAAGACUCUGGGCAUAUCCUCGAGGCUGGAAAUAGCAUCUAUAAUACAACUUUAAGUAUGUCUGAUCUUGCAUCUGGUAUCAAUAGUUACUAUAUUCUUCAAAUCAUUGAGGAAGACAAAGGAUCAGAUUGCUAUGUGUUCAGAAAAUGGGGACGUGUCGGAAAUGAAAAAAUUGGAGGAAUCAAACUUGAUAACAUGCCAAAGUCAGAUGCCAUAUCAAAUUUCGAGCGCUUGUUUCUUGAGAAGACUGGCAAUUCAUGGGAAGCAUGGGAAGGAAAAGUAGAUUUUCAGAAGCAACCUGGCAGAUUUUAUCCAUUAGACAUUGAUUAUGGAGUUGAUAAAAGUGCUUCAAAGCAGAAAAACCUUGACUACACAAAUAGCAAAUUGGUGCCUCAACUAAUUGAAUUGUUGAAAUUGCUUUUUAACACAGAGACAUACAGGGCUGCUAUGAUGGAGUUCCAGAUCAAUUUGUCUGAAAUGCCACUAGGAAAGCUGAGCAAGAAUAAUAUACAAAAAGGUUUUGAGGCAUUAACGGAGAUUCAAAAUUUGCUAAUAAAGAACAAUGUUGAUCCUGCUUUCAAGGAGAAUCUCUUAAUUGAUGCAAGCAACCGUUUCUUUACCAUGAUUCCUUCAAUUCAUCCGCAUGUGAUCAAGGAUGAGGAUGAUUUCAAAUCAAAGGUGAAAAUGCUGGAAGCUCUUCAAGAUAUUGAGAUUGCUUCAAGACUUGUAGGACUUGGUGGUGAUGAUAAUUCUUCCCUGGAUGAGAAGUAUGAAAAACUACGAUGUGAAAUUUCUCCUAUUCCUCAUGACUGUGAAGAUUACCAUUUGGUUGAGAAGUAUCUCCAAUCUACUCAUGCUCCCACUCAUAAGGACUGGUCUCUCGAAGUGCUAGAAGUGUUUUCUCUAGAACGAAAAGGGGAAUUCGACAAGUUUGCUCCUUUGAGAAAUAAAUUAAAGAAUAGAAUGCUUUUAUGGCAUGGUUCACGGCUGACAAAUUUUGUGGGCAUUCUUAGCCAAGGACUAAGGAUUGCUCCUCCAGAAGCCCCAACUACUGGAUAUAUGUUUGGCAAGGGAAUUUACUUUGCUGACAUGGUCAGUAAGAGUGCUCAGUAUUGUUUCACAAACCGGAAUAAUCCUGUGGGCUUUAUGCUGCUCAGUGAAGUUGCUUUGGGAAAUAUCUAUGAGCUAAAAAAUGCUCAAUACAUGGACAAGCCCCCAAGAGGGAAACAUUCCACAAAAGGUCUUGGCAUGACAGUACCCGAAGAAUCUGACUAUGCCAAGUGGAGGGGUGAAGUAGUUGUGCCUUGUGGAAAACCGGUGCCAUCAAAAGUGAAGGGAUCAGAGCUUCUAUACAAUGAAUAUAUUGUCUAUGAUGCUGCACAGGUCAAGCUGCAGUUCUUAGUGAAGGUGAAGUUUCAGUACAAGAGGUGAACCGUAUGACUGUUUUUCGCAGUUGUUUCUGCUUUGUAGAAUCCUAGUUUUUUUGGAUGUUCUACCCACUAGGUACCUCUACAUUUUGGUUUUAUGGUGUGUCUGAAUCGGCCAAAUCUCGUUUUGGGGUGGGCGACUGGAAACUUGGCUUCAUCCAGAACACCAAAACCAUGUCUAAAUAUGGCUUUUUGUAAGAUAUAAAAUCUUACUCUGUUUUUGCUGUAAUGAACUAAUCUAACUCAAUACGGUGAAAGAGGAAGAGAGAAGAAACGAGAGAAAGAGAGAGAGAAGGGGUCGCGGGUGACAAAUCACACCAUCGCCGGCGACUCCCUGCGCGUGACACCUCACGAAUCACAGAUUCCGAGAGAGGAGGACGAGAGCUUGCGCCGGACGGGCAUCACACGUCCUAGGGCAGCGUUGUUGUGUCUAGUUCUUCUGCGAUUGAUAGGUAUACGGCUCAAACCUCUGAAUUAUAGUUCUAUACUUGUUGAUUUGAAGCUUUUACGUGUUUAAUUUGAAUGAUUUGUGCGUGAUUCUGAAAUCGUGAGUUGAUCCUCUAGGUUCUAGCAUCCAGUUUAGAUCCGAAGCCACCUUGCUCGAAUUACAACUUGAAUUUAGGGUUCUUGUGUUAUUUUGACUCUGAAAUUGCGAUUUAUGAGUUUUGAAUUUAGGGUUCUGUUUUGGAUUGAUAAAUGCUUGUUUGUUAAGAAUGUGAGCGACUAGUGUUAUUACUUGGUUCGAUGUGUGGGUUUUGACGCAAAUCCUUUACCGCUGAAAUUCAUAAACUUAUUUUCUUAAAGUAUGAACUGAGAGAGGUUGAUAUAUGUCCGUAUGGGGUCCUACUCUUCUUAAAGUCUAAGUCAAGUCUCUUAUUUGAGACAAUUUAGGGAUAUGUAGUUGUGAGAACUAUUCUAGGUCGACAUUUUUUAUGAUGCAGUCAUGCUUUUUGUGAUAUUAAACUAAUGCUACGUUUAAUAAAUAUUUUUCUAGAUUGUUUUUCCAAAUUAUUUGUUCAAAACCAUAAAUAUUUGCUUGUUCAAAAUUAUGUUAGUUUACAAUUUCAUUAAUUGUAAAAAUUAUUUGUGCUUUAAAGAUGUUUUUUUACACUAUUCUUGUUUGUGCGCUUGUUCUUUGUGCGGCUGGUUCUUCGGCUCCCAGUUUCUCCGCUCCUAGUUCUCUUGUGUGUGGUCAAUCGUUUUCUAUUGUGUUUUUGGUGAGUAAUCAUUUAUCUAUAUAUAUAUUUUCAUUAUCUUUCAUUUUAAAUUGCAUUUUAUUUUUUUAAUCUAGAAUUGAAGAUAUUUUACUUUAAAAAUUACUUCAGAGUACCUCGUGUUUUGUACUAAAAUUUUUAAAACCCGUUCUAUUCAAAAUAUACUUCAAAGAUGCUUAAAAUUCAUCAAAAUUAUCCAAAGGAAAUAUGUCCGUAUAUCUCUAUAAGAAGUGAAUUGUCAAUUGCCUAAAAUACUCAUGUUAACCCAACAUUUUCAAUCAAGCUUCUAAUUUCCUUCUAAACACCUUGUUUUGAACUUAAACAUUUUUGAUGUAGUUCUUUAGAACAAUACCCCUUCCACUUAGAUUUGGAAUUUUAUCAAAGCGACCAUAAAGAGCAUCGACAUAGGGUCAGAACCUUUCAGCUAUAGAUUGCAUUUCAUCGGAUAAUUGGACUUUGCUUGGCUUUUGCCUAUCUUAAAGCGUCCACCAAAUGCGCAAUAAAAUAGUUAGUUCCCU